CCGAAGUGCCGGAUCUGAGAUCUGGGAACACUACUCUCAAACCGAGGACAUCUGGAGGAUGGCAUUGGCUCUUUGGUCAAAACACGUUCCUCUGAGAGUAUACGGAAUCCGGAAUCCAUAUAGGCCGGUUUGCCGCGGCUUUCAAGCUCAAGCUCAAGGCCCGGCGCCAUGCCAGCAGGCCGGCGAUGAGUUUACCGUUUUCAACCCUGCAAAUGGGCAAGUCUUGAAGACUAUAAGCAUACCAUCGCGCGACGAGAUCAAUGCCACCCUUUCGCGGGCCCACGAUGUGUUUUUGUCAGGCGAAUGGUCCAAUGCACCCGCAAUCACUCGAUCCCGGGUAUUGUCGCGACUAGCACAAUUGCUCAAUGAGAAGCUUCCCUCGUUGGCCGAAAUCGAGACCAUGCAGACCGGAAGACCCAUCCGAGAGAUGAGAACUCAGCUUGCUCGUCUGCCAGAAUGGCUCGAGUACUUCGCUGCUAUGCUUCGAACUCGCCAGGGUUUUGUGGCGCCUACACAGGGAAAACUCCUCAAUUAUGUCCAGAGGAUACCCCUUGGAGUAGUAUUGCAAGUGACUCCGUUCAAUCAUCCACUUUUGAUUGCACUGAAGAAAAUCGCUCCUGCACUUGCUGCUGGAAACAGCGUCAUAGUGAAACCCUCCGAACUUGCACCACUUACAGUUCUUGAGUUUGCGGAGCUUGCUCGAGAAGCCGGAGUCCCUGGUGAUGUCCUAUCCGUUAUCCCAGGUCCAGGUCCAACCAUUGUGGACGCAAUUGUCUCUAAUCCGAUCGUGCGGAAAGUGGACAUUACAGCAGGGACAUGCACAGGCCGUGCUAUUGGUGCCAAGGUUGGCGCCAAUCUAGCCUCGUUCACCGCAGAGCUUGGAGGCAAGGCUCCCAUUCUUGUAUUCAACGACGCCGAUAUCACAUCAGCAGUCAAUGGGGCUGCAUUUUCUGCAUUCGUAGCCUCAGGACAAACAUGCGUCUCUGGAACUCGCAUCAUCGUGCAAUCCGGCGUCUACGACGAAUUCAUGUCCAGGUUCCUCCAGAAAGUGGAGAGUAUUGGCCGUCGAAUGGGCAACCCUUCCAACCCUCAUUGCUCCAUGGGCUCCGUGAUUUCCCCUCAUCAUCUAAAGCGAAUUGAGGACAUGUUAGCACGCAAGGGGAACAGUAAGGUGCUACUUGGCGGUCACCGCCUCACAGGCACAUCAACGCUCGACGGCUUUGACUUCUCCAAAGGAAGCUUCUUGGCGCCCACAGUCAUCAAUGAUGUUGAUGUGAACCAUGAGCUGUGGCAAGAAGAGAUAUUUGGCCCAGUGGUGGUUGUGAAGGAUUUCCAGGACGAACAGGAAGGCGUGGCUUUGGCCAACUCGUCGCAAUAUGGGCUUGGCGCCGGGAUCUGGACAAAGGAUCUGUCACGAGCCCAUCGUGUCGCUGAGAACGUCAACGCAGGGGUAGUGUGGGUCAAUACACAUCAUCGCAACGAUCCUAGUUCACCUUGGGGAGGAAUUAAGCAGGGAAGCGGCAUUGGACGAGAAAAUGGGCUCGAGGCAUUUGAGGCUUACACCCAAAGCAAAUCCGUCGUCAUCAAUACUGCUCCCCCAGAAGAAUCCCGCAAGACUGACGAUUGGUUCUCCGAAGGCGGCGAAGGAAAGCGGUACGGGUGAAGGGCGAAAUAGCUCACUUGUUUUCAAGAAACAAUAGUGGAUAUCUAAUUCAAACGGAUGAUCUAUGGUACAUACAUUCAUUAGCAGGAUAAGAACGCUCAGGCAUGUUCGGAUAAGUGUCAGUGGUCUCAAGCCGUAGUCUUGAUCGCCUCUUUGUGCGAAGACUCGCCCUCUUCUACUGGUGCUUCGUCUACAAAGUCUGGAGCCUUGUUGAGAUCGGCAAGAUAAGAUGGCCCUUCCUCCUCUUCCUCCAGUUGCAGAGCAUCGAGUUCUGCCUCAAGAUCCGCCUCGUCGACUUCAUCGGGAACUUCAUAUGAACGGCCAAGUGACUCUUGAAUCUCGUUCGCCUGUUCCAAAAGGUCUUGCAUUUCGUCAUGCAUAUUCUCAAUCUUGUCAAUGUCGAUCUUGCCGUACUGCUUCUUAAUCUCCUUGUUGGCCACCUUCAUGGCCUCCACGGUGGCCAUCGUAUUCCUGAGGUUCUCCGUCGUCAGCGCAGCAGACUCCAUGUUGAACGUCUGCUGCGCCAGCUGGUUGAGCUGCCCCUCGUACAUCCGUUUCUGUUGCAGAACACGGAGUGCGCGCUGCUGGACGGCGGUUUUACCUGGUCCGUUGCGCAGCUUCGCCAUCUGCUCCUUGUAGCGCGCUAGCUCGCCAUCAAGCUUCUUAAUCUUUACCUCAACGGACGCGAUGCGCGAGUCUGUUGACGCUAUCGCAUCCUGCAAACUGGGCUUCGGUGUUUUGCUCGAUGACGAGCCAAAUAUGCGGUUCAUUGUGCUAGGACUGACGAAGGGGGGUGCGUAGUAACAGCGGUUGUUGGCUUGGUAUACCUCACACUGAGCUGCCUACGCGAGC